AUGGCUGGACUUAGGUUUUCAAUGCUAAAAAAAUCACUCUGUAAUUCCAUUAGCCCCUCUUCACAACGUCAAUUACUUCAAUUUUAUAAUGUUAAUGGAGGUAGUCUAAGAUCAGCAUAUGCUAUAGUAAAUCGUGAUUAUUACAAAGAUGAAUCAAAAUUGGCUGGAAAUCUGGCAAAUUUUAAAGUUAUGAGAUCUGACUUGUGUGUCAAUAACCGAUCUUAUAAGACUAAACCAAUGAGAGGAUUUUUGUCAACUUCGUCGAAUAUGAUGUUUCAAAGUGCUGUUCCUUUCAUUUCAAUGAGCCCCAGUUUGAGCUAUCGAUCAUUCUCUUGGUCUUCUGGUGGAAAAGUUGAUAAAUCUGGGGCUAAUGAAGUUUCAGCUGCUUCCAGUGGAAGUGAUGUGGAUGUUAGUAACAGUGGUGUUAUUGGAAGUGACUGGAUUGAUAAGGUUAAAGAAGCUUGGCAAAGUGCGGUAGAUGCAGUAAGUUAUUCUGGGCAAAAGGCUAGAGAGACCUCUAGUGAACUGACCCCUUAUGUUCAGCAGUUGCUUGAUUCACAUCCGUAUCUUAAAAAUGUGGUCGUUCCAGUUGGUUGGACUUUGACUGGUACCUUAGUGGCUUGGGUGGUUAUGCCUAGGCUUUUGAGGCGAUUUCACAAAUAUUCAUUGCAAACUCCUGCUGCUUUGUUAUCUGGAGGCAUAUCUGGGGAACAAAUUCCAUACGAGAAAAGCAUAUGGGGUGCUCUGGAAGAUCCUUUGAGAUAUGUAAUCACCUUCAUGGCAUUUUCACAAAUUGCUGUGAUGGUGGCACCUACUACAUUUGCUUCUCAGUAUAUAGCACAAGUAUGGAGGGGUGCUGUUAUUCUUUCUUUUGUAUGGUUUCUGCAUCAGUGGAAGACAACUGUGUUUAGUCGUGUGGUAGCUUCAGCAACGUUUGAUCGAGAAAAGCUGUUAACUCUUGAUAGAGUUUCUUCUGUUGGUCUUUUUGUCAUUGGACUGAUGGCUUUAGCUGAGGCUUGUGGGGUGGCUGUGCAAUCUAUUUUGACUGUGGGUGGCAUUGGAGGAGUUGCUACUGCUUUUGCUGCCAAAGAUGUCCUUGGGAAUGUGCUCAGUGGGUUGUCUAUGCAAUUUUCAAAGCCCUUUUCUAUUGGAGAUACAAUAAAGGCUGGAUCUAUAGAAGGUCAAGUGGUUGAAAUGGGACUUACUACCACUUCGUUAUUGAAUGCUGAGAAAUUCCCUGUCUUAGUUCCAAAUUCAUUGUUUUCCAGUCAGGUAAUUGUGAACAAGUCUCGUGCCCAAUGGCGUGCGGUGGUCUCCAAAAUUCCUGUAACGUUUGAUGAUGUGGAGAAGUUACCUCAUAUAUCAAAUGACAUCAAGAGCAUGCUAAAAUCUAACCCAAACAUUGUCUUGGAAAAGGAGGCUCCUUACUGUUACUUGUCUAGAAUAGAAAAUUCAUUUGCAGAAUUGACUCUAGGGUGCAAUCUCAAACAAAUGAGCAAAAAUGAAUUAUACUCUACGGAGCAAGACAUUCUUCUGCAGUCAGUCAGGAUAAUAAAGCAGCAUGGUGUUAAAUUAGGCAGUACAUGGCAAGAUAGUACCAGUCAAUGA